UUCAGCAUUUCAAAGCAAUUUGAGAAAAAGGGGCUUCGUUCUAUUAAAAAAAAAUAACAAUUUGGAUAACGAGACUCGAGUCUGCGAGUCGUAGCACUACGGGCAUCCCGGGGUUGAUAUACAUUUCAUCUGGGUCACAGCUUCCUGGCUUCAGAGAAACCAAUGAAUUUGAGAAAACAGUUGUAAACGAAAUACUGACCGAUAUUCAUACUACCAAUUUGUCUAUUCAAUGCCCAGAUGUCUCACGCCAUGGAAGAAUGGGGAAUAGAAGAGGAUAAGAUGGGAAUGACCACUGUUUCUGGUACGGUCAAGCUCAUGAAAGAUAAGCAAAAUUUGAUUGGAAUAAGCAUUGGCGGAGGUGCACCCUUAUGUCCAUGUCUUUAUAUUGUACAAGUAUUCGAUAAUACACCAGCUGCUAAGGAUGGAUCUUUGGCUGCAGGUGAUGAAAUUGUUGCUGUAAAUAGCAAAUCAGUCAAAGGGCUAUCAAAGGUUCAGUUGGCUAAAACAAUACAAAGCAUAAAGGGUGAAGUCCGAAUCAACUUUAAUAAACUACAUGCAGAUCCUAAACAAGGCAAAACAUUGGAUAUUGUUCUGAAAAAGAUAAAGCACCGAAUUGUUGAACAAAUGGAUUCAAGUACAGCAGAUGCACUUGGAUUAAGUCGUGCAAUUUUAUGCAAUGAUGUUUUGAUUAAGAGACUUCAGGAAAUGGAACAGAUUGGUGGAGUAUAUCUUGGGCUCAUUCUUCACAUAAAGAAACUUCUAAAAUCUUAUUUUAAUUUGUGUAAAACUCACCGUGCAUUUGGAGAUAUUUUUGGUGAGAUUGGUGUACGUGAUCCAAACUUUAACGGAGGUGAGGCUUUCGGGAAGUUCAGCGAAGCUCAUCGUAAUUUUGAAAAGUCUGGCUUCACUUUGAUGACAACUUUAAAACCAAUGUUGAAUGAUUUGAAUACAUAUCUCAACAAAGCUAUUCCGGAUACGAAAAUGACAAUCAGGCGCUAUGCAGACACAAAAUUUGAGUACUUGUCGUUUUGUCUCAAGGUGAAGGAAAUGGAUGACGAGGAAUAUAGUUAUGCUGCAUUACAGGAACCACUUUAUCGCGUUGAAACAGGAAAUUAUGAAUAUCGCUUAGUUUUGCGAUGUCGCCAAGAUGCUCGAGAGCGAUUUGCCAAACUUCGAAAAGAUGUUAUGGAAAAGCUAGAAUUACUGGACAACAAACAUGUACAAGAUAUCGUCCAUCAGCUGCAAAGAUUUGUUGCUGCUAUUUCAAAGUAUCAUGAUGACUGUCAAGCAAGUAUGAAACAAGCUGAUGUAUUUCCAGUAGAAGUUGACUUGUCGAGUGCAACGUUCGAAUAUGAUAAAAAAGACCGAUUCCACGAUCCGGAAUAUGAAGAGACUUUAGAAUGAAAACGAUGUUAAUUGUCAACAAUUCUAGUGCAUAUUACAGGUCAAUUUGACCGGAAUAUCAAAAAAACAAAGGAAGUACUCUCUGUGUAAAAUCUGAGAAUUUUUAUUAGGACCGUUUUGUAGUUUUGUCUGCUAAUUCUUCGUAUCCAUAUAGAUUGGACCUCAAACUAUUUAUUCUAUUGAAGCAAUAACCUUUUUCAAUUUACAUGUGCAUUUAAUGUGAAUUUUUGCUUUUUAUUUCAUCUGCUAUCUUUGCGUAGAAUUUUACUGCAUAAGAUAGUUUUGGAAGUUUUCUUUUAUUGAAUAUAUAAAUUAUGAAAUGUAAAACAAUGUGUCUGCAAUAUUGUGCUCAUUUUGUCUGAAGUUUUCAUUUUUUUGAAUGUGUCUGAUUAAAAUUUUGUUGCCAAAUGGUAUGUAUACUUUAAGAAGAGAUUUUGUUAUUUCAUUUAAACUAGUACUGUUAAAUCAAAUGGUGAAUUAUGUUCAUUUUAUACAUCAAACGCAGUGUGAUGUUUCACUCUGUAUGAUUAAUUUCAAAAUAUUAAAUGAAUAAUACUUGAAAUUCAUGGCUGCUUUAAUCGUUUUUGUCAAUAUAAAUCAAAUCCCGAUACAUAGUAAUGAUUCUAAUGAAGAUGAAUUGUGCUGAAGGAUGAAUUGCAUGCUAAGUUCUAUGUUUUCCCAUUUAUUGUGCAUGUAUUGUAUGGUUGGUGAUUAUGUGCAAUUACUUGUCCUUGAUUAAGAUAUAAGAUGCUGUAAAUUGUAUGUUGUUUUCUUUUAG